UUACACAAAACGUUCUACAGAGGGGCAACCCUCAAUGGCUGUACACGUAGUUGAGUGUGCAACAUUUGAAACCUUUUCAUGACAGAAGAAGAGUUAUUGAUGAAGUUACGUUAUAUUGACAAAUAACAUGGAUGAAAUCAAAAACACCAAAGUUUCUAUUAACGUAGUACCUAUAACUGAUAAUGAUAAACAAGUUGUGAUGAAUUCAGUAACACAGUACUUUUUCCGCGACGAACCUUUAUGUGCAAGUUUAGGGUUAAUGGAAGAGAAAGAAUCAGUGAUACAACUUGAAAAUUUUUGUUCUGACUUAUUGCAAUGCGGCGUAUCGUUUAUGGCAGUAUCUGCAGAGACAGGUGAAAUGAUGGGUGCCUCGUUGAAUACCACGCUAUGCAGGGAUGACGAAAUAAAAAAAUACGGUGACGAGAACAAUGAUAAAAGUUCAAAAUUUAAUGAAAUCAUGGUUUUCUUAGACAAAGCUGAACAAAAUAUUGAUAUAUUUGGGAAGUAUCCAAAUAUUGAUCGUAUAAUGGAGUUAAAGAUUAUUACAGUAAAUGAGGCAUAUAGAGGACAAGGGGUUUGCAAAGCACUCAUCAACAAGUCUAAAAAGUUGGCAUUGGAGUUAGGGUAUCAAAUGAUUUACGUGGAGUGCUCCAGUCAUUUUACUGCAAAAGCUGUUGAAAGAUUUGGAUUUCAAUGUAUAUAUUCAUUGUGUUAUUUAGAUUACCGCAACAAGGAAGACGAUGUGGUGUUCAAGACACAGUUUCCUCAUGAUUACUUCAAAAUCCAUGUAUUAGUUCUCUAAAAUAUUUUAUAUUUAUUUACAUAUUUACUGUUACCUACUUACUUAACUAAAUCGGUAACAGGAUGAACCAAAAAGUAGAAUAUUAAUAGUUUAACAUUUCAAUAAUUUAUUAUACCACCAUAGACGUACAAACUUAAAUAAUAUAAAUUAUUAAUGUACAUGGAUAGUACUUCGCUAUCCGACUGUAGUAAUUAUUAAUCAACAAAACAAUAUAAAUUUAAAGUUAUUAUACAAUGGAUGAAUUAUUAUCUGUUUUUUUUUUAUAAAUUAUUAUUAUUAUUAUUACUGAAUUUUUAACUAUUCAAAGUACAGAGAAGAGUUACUAAUAUUGCAAUGCAAACAUUGCUUUGUAGGGUUGUCAUGUUCGUGCUAAACAGUUCCCACCCGUUCUCGUUUUCAAAAGGGGAAAAAAAUAGGGUUGUCAUGCUUCACUCGGUUUUUGAGUAAAGUGUCCUAAAAUGUUCCAAUUGAUCUUAGGUGGUACUAUACUUGCUAUCUAGUAAUUAGUAUUAUCUUACUAGUAGACUUGUGUAAAAACAAACAAUUAGGUUAUGUUUUCGAUUUUUGUGAAUAAAUUAUUUUUCACCUUCUA